CGACCCUGGACAUGGGAACUUUUAGAUCAGCAUAUGUGGGACUACCCUUGUUUCUGGCUAUGAACUGACUGAUUUCGUUGACUUACCAAGCUUAAUUUGGGGGAAAAUUAAAAAGAAAAGAGAAUGAAAAAGAGGAAAAGCUGUUAUUCUGAAGGGCAGCCGGAGAAAAGACUGGCAGCAGGAACUGGAGUGGACUCAGCUCCCCCUUCGGGUCGAGGGGUAGCUAAGCUGUAAGACUCUAACUUGUGGGUCCCUCUGUCCGGCCCUGCUGCAGGGUCUUACUGGGGCUUUAGCGACUUCUGAGCCCAAGCAGCCCAGAAAAAAAAAGCAGUGCCUUCAGAUUAAUUGUAAGUUAAGUUGAAUCACAAGACAAUACCAUGUAUGGAGAAAAGAAGAGCCAUUUGUAUCUCUGGAUGGAACACUAUGGGUAUGACAUGCCUGCAAAUAUUUACAAGAUGUAUUCUCAGCCCUCCAGAAAAACGGAUGAUGCAAAUAAAAAGGUGUCAGUGAGUGCUUCAAGGACCAUUAAACUAAAUGGCAGCACUGGCUACGACACAAAUGAACAGAUAACACUAAUCACUAACGGGAGCAGUUUGUCAUAUCCAGAUGAAAUAAAAUCAGCAAGUUAUGCGGACCCCAUCAGUACAAAAGCAUAUACAAAUGAUUCGUCAGUAUACGACCCUGGGGGAGCUUCGAGCAGCACAACCCUGUAUGAACUGAAUUCCUUGAGUGAAGUAUCGAAAGAAAUCAUUACCCAGGGAGAAUCUGCUUUACUACGUGAUAAAGAAGCUACCAGCGAACUCAAAAUCCCAAGUACACUGCAAACGCAGACGUCCAUGUCCACCAACACUCUCUCCUUAUCUGAUUUAUCAUCAGAUUACCAGGAAGAGCAAAUGAACAAAUGCAAGUUAAACCAGAUGUCCAAGUUGUACGACGAUGAUGAACGUACUGAUAUUCAAAAGUCAUACUGGAAUGUGGUUAAGAAAUUUGUGCGCAUCCUUGUGUCCUCGGUUGCCUUCAGAAUAUUUGGAAUUUUCCUGGUCAUUCUGGAUGUAUUUCUUGUGGUUGUCGAUCUAAAUGUCUCUGAAAAGAAAAUUUAUAUUCCUUUGGACUAUCGUUCCAUUUCUUUAGCGAUUGCUUUAUUUUUCCUCGUGGAUGUUCUUCUUAGAGUGUCUGUAGAAGGGAGACGGCGCUAUUUCUCUGACGUACUGAACACCCUAGACGCUGUGGUCAUCGGUGUGACUGUGGUUGUGGCUGUCAUUUAUGCACUUUAUGACAAACACUUUCUCAGAGAUAUCCCAAGACUGGCAGUUUUACUGCGGCCUCUACGACUGCUCAUUCUGAUAAGGAUUCUGCAACUGGCUCAUCAAAAGAGACAACUCGAAAGGCUGACCAGGAAGCUGGUAUCGGGUAACAAGCGACGCUACAAGAAGGAUGGCUUUGACCUAGACCUCACUUACGUCACUGAGCGUAUUAUUGCCAUGUCAUUUCCAUCGUCUGGAAGGGAGUCCUUCUACAGAAAUCCAAUCAAGGAGGUUGUGCGGUUCCUGGAUACCAAGCACCCAAACCACUAUCAAGUCUACAAUCUAUGCAGUGAGAGAGCUUAUGACCCUAAGCACUUCCACUACAGGGUCCGCAGAAUCAUGAUUGAUGAUCAUAAUGUCCCCACUCUUGAGGAAAUGUUGUUGUUCUCCAAGGAAGUAAAUAAUUGGAUGGCUCAAGAUCCUGAAAAUGUUGUCGCGAUUCACUGUAAGGGAGGAAAAGGAAGAACUGGAACCAUGGUGUGUGCCUGCCUCAUUGCCAGUGAAAUAGUUUUAAAUGCAAAGGAAAGUCUGUACUUUUUUGGAGAGCGGCGGACAGAUAAAAGCAACAGCUCGAAGUUCCAAGGAAUAGAGACCCCUUCUCAGAAUAGAUAUGUGAAAUAUUUUGAAAAACUGAAAAUUAACUACCAACUAACUCUCCCUCCCAAAAAAGUACUCGUGAUAAAAAGAUUGGUCGUUUAUUCCAUUCAUGGCGUUGGAAAAGGCGACGGGAGUGACCUGGAAGUACAAAUCAUAAUGUGGCAGGAGACUGUUUUUUCCUUUUGUAAUUCCAGGAAUUGUAUGAUAUUUCAUGACCCUGAAACAGACAGAGCAAUAAUCAAUGUGUUCCAUUGCCCGGCUCUAUACGAUGAUGUGAAAGUGAAAUUUCUCUCUCCGAAUCUUCCUAAAUACUAUGAUGACUGCCCCUUUUUCUUUUGGUUUCAUACAUCUUUUAUUAAAAAUAACAGGCUUUAUCUACCAAGAAACGAAUUGGAUAAUACCCAUAAACCAAAAACAUGGAAAAUUUAUGGUGAAAAGUUUGCAGUAGAGGUGGAUUUUGGUGAGAACUAGCUGUUGAGUAAGUGCCGCUCCCCUUCUUGGAUAGAAUCAUGUUCUUCCAGAUCCAUGCUACAUAGUUAUGUCUUCUAACCAAUGUUUUUGAUGGUAUGUCUGUAUUUUAUAUAUAUGUGUGUGUAUAUGUAUGUACAUAUGUUUCUGGGAAGUAUAUUAAAUGUAUACAGGAAAA